UUAUCGCUCAAUCUCUUAUCUUCCCUCACUUACCCGCCAAAACACACUAUCAUCGAAAUUCUCUCUUUUCAUUCAUUCAGUCAGUCAGUCAAACCCUCCACCGAUUAAUUCUAUUCCUUGAGGCGGAACCGACGGAACAGCUUCACAAUUCCAUGGAUUCUGACACCCAAUCCGCUUCUCUUCUCUCCAAGUUAUCUCCAACAGAGAAUGGAACCCAAGUUAACGACAAUACUAGCAGUAGCAAUGCCACUAUUAUUCAUAUAAAUGGUGGAACUGACCAUGUUGAUGCUGAUGGGGAGGAGGGUGGCUACGUUAGUGGUAAGGAGGAGGAGUUUGAAGAUAAUGAUUUCAAGAAGCCUAUUGAGGAGGAGGAGGAGGAGGAUGCCUUGGAGGAGAACAAAUCCCUAGAGGUAAAAAUUGUAGGAGUAGAUGCUAGUGACCCUUCUCUGGAUUCGACACCAGUGAUUGAGGAUGCAGGCGAUGUUGAUGAUGAUUAUGUUCAAAAACAUUCCCAAGGAGCUCCGGUAAUCGAGAGCACCGAGGAAAGUGAUCUUUUUUUUCUACCCGAAGAGGGUAAACUAGUCAAGGAAGAAGUUGUCCAUAUUGCUGUUGCAGAUUUAAGCCCAGUUGAUGUUUCAAAUGAAUCUGGAAUUGUUGAGGAUCCUAGCAAAAAUAGUGAUGUUAUCCCAACAAGUAACUCAGUGGCUUCACAGCCAGUACCUGAUGAAAGUCUCGGUUCCAUGGAGAACCAAGAACAAAAUUUUGAAGAGCCAGAAGUUGAUUCAUCUAAUGACUUAUUAUUCAAUGGUAGUGACACUAUUCAUCAUGUGAAGGAUGCUAAUGCUGUUGAAUCCACAGUUGUAGGAGACAGUUUCAAGCCUGAUGGAGCUUCUGCUGGAGAAACGGUUAAUGUUUCUGAAGCAGGUACAGCAGGAACAGCACAAGUUAAUGAAGACACUGAAUUGGAGGUGGAAGCUCCUGUCAUGUUAAGCACUGUACUUUCCAACGAACAUGAACAAGAUAGCCAUGAAAUUGAAAAGUUUCUAGAGGAACUUAUGGAAACCGAUUCUAUUGCUAGGGAUAGUGCUUCUGAUUUAGUUGCCGUUGAUGACUUGGGCGAGUUCCAGCCAGGUGGAGGGGCAACGGAAGAUUUGGGUUCCGUUCAAGAGCCUAGACAAAUUUCCUGCGGGGUUGAAGAUGUUCCAACGGAAAUAGUUCUUGAUAAUGGUACUGACAGUGAGAAUGCAGUGCUAGAUUAUGCUGCAACUGAAGGAGAUGGGGUUAAUGUUGAUGCUACUGAAGAAGGGUCUGCUGUUGGAAGUGCUGACACCACUGUCCAUACACCAAAAGAGGAAGGGUCUGCUGUUGGAAGUGCUGACACCAUGGUCCAUACACCAAAAGAGGAAGUGUCUGCUACUGAGGAAGUAUUGGCUCAGAGGAGCAUCUCAGAAUUGGUGGCGCCUGAAGGGGCAUUUGAUGACAACAUUAGGACUUCCACAGUGACAACAGAUUAUGGAUCUGAGAGAGAGAUUAUUGGAGUUACAGAAUCUGAGCCUUCCGAAGCUGUGUUGGAGAUAAGUGAUGAUGAAAACCAAGAUAUACCAGAGGAAACAGAAGCAAUAUCUGAGAAAAGUGCUGACGAGGCUGCUGAUACUGCUUCACUAAAGGGCUUCCAUAUGAAACUAGAAGCUGCUGAUGGAGAAGCUACAGAUGAAGGAGAGUUUGACGGAUCAGUUUCAGAUGGUGACAAUGAUGACAUGAUUUUUGGAAGCUCUGAGGCUGCUAAACAAUUUAUUGAUGAAUUGGAACAUUCGGUCGCUGGUUCACACACAGUUAUAGACAGAAGCUCUUAUGAUCAAACCGAUAGAAUGGAUGGUCAGAUUGUCACAGACUCAGAUGAAGAGGUGGAAACCGAUGGAGAAGAAGAGGGGAAAGAGUUGUUUGAUUCUGCUGCAUUGGCUGCUCUCUUGAAGGCCGCAUCAUCUGCUGGCUCUGAUGGUGGCAAUAUCACAAUAACUUCCCAAGAUGGAUCCAGGCUUUUCUCAAUUGAGCGUCCUGCUGGUUUGGGAUCCUCAGGUAGGCCUUUCAGGCCUGUCACCAGGCCAACCCAUCCAAACAUUUUUCCUCCUUCCAACCUUGCAAGACUAGGAGAAUCUGAGGACAACUUGAGUGAAGAAGAGAAAAAGAAGCUGGAGAAGGUACAAGCAUUGAGGGUGAAGUUCCUGAGGAUUGUCCAGAGGAUGGGAGUUUCAUCUGAUGAAUCUAUUGCAGCACAAGUCUUGUAUAGGCUCGCAAUUAUUGCCGGAAGGCAAGCUGGUCAAAACUUCAGCCUUGACUCUGCUAAAAGGAAUGCUACAGAGCUUGAAGCAGAGGGAAAAGAUGAUCUGGACUUCUCUGUAAAUGUUCUCAUCGUUGGGAAAUCCGGAGUAGGAAAGAGCGCCACCAUAAACUCCAUCUUUGGUGAAGAAAGAGCUUCUAUUAAUGCCUUUGAACCUUCCACUGCUGUUGUGAAGGAGGUGUCUGGAAUUGUUAAUGGAGUUAAGGUCAAAGUAUUUGACACACCAGGUCUGAAGCCUGGAGUAAUGGAACAGGCUUUCAACCGCAGAGUUUUGUCUUCUAUAAAUUCAUUAACAAAGAAAAGUCCACCUGAUAUUAUACUAUAUGUGGAUCGACUGGAUACCCAGACGAGGGAUCUGAAUGAUCUUCCUUUACUUAAGACGAUCACAAGUUCACUCGGCACACCUAUAUGGAAAAAUGCAAUAAUAACCCUCACUCAUGCCGCCUCGGCUCCUCCUGAGGGCCCUUCCGGUUCCCCAUUGAGUUAUGAAAUGUUUGUCACUCAGAGAUCCCAUGUUCUACAACAGUGUAUUGGACAUGCUGUUGGUGAUUUAAGAAUGAUGAGUCCAAGCUUAAUGAAUGCAGUUUCUUUGGUUGAGAACCAUCCUUCUUGCCGAAAGAAUAGAGACGGUCAAAAGGUUCUCCCUAAUGGCCAAACAUGGAGAUCCCAGUUGCUUCUGUUAUGCUUUUCUAUGAAGAUGUUGGCAGAUGCAAAUUCUCUCACCAAAUCUCAAGAUCCAUUUGACAACCGCAAGUUGUUUGGCUUUCGUACCCGUUCACCGCCGCUUCCAUACAUGCUAUCUUCAAUGUUGCAGAGCCGGCCACAUCCAAAGCUUCAAACUGAUCAGGGUAUUGACAAUGGCGAUUCAGACAAUGAAUUGGCAGACUUGUCAGAUAUCGAAGAAGAGGAAGAAGACGAAUAUGAUCAACUCCCGCCAUUUAAACCGCUCAGGAAAUCCCAAUUGGCCAAGCUUAGCAGAGAGCAGAGAAAUGCAUAUUUCGAGGAGUAUGAUUACAGGGUGAAGCUCCUCCAGAAGAAGCAGUGGAAAGAGGAGUUGAGACGAAUGAGAGAGAUGAAAAAGAAAGGGAAGACUCCUGAAACAGAUUACGGUUUCAAUGGAGAAGAUGAUCAGGACGCCAGUCCAGCUCCUGUGGCCACUCCACUUCCCGACAUGGCCUUACCGCCUUCAUUCGACAGUGGCAGCCCAGCUUAUAGGUACCGUUUCUUGGAGCCAACUUCCCAGUUUCUUGCUCGGCCAGUCUUGGACACUCACGGCUGGGACCACGAUUGUGGAUAUGACGGUGUCAAUAUCGAACAUGCAUUAGCUAUUUUGAGUCAGUUUCCAGCUGCAGUGAGUCUUCAGAUGACAAAAGACAAGAAAGAGUUCAGCCUCCAUUUUGACUCCUCCGUAGCCGCCAAACAUGGGGACAACGGAUCGAGUAUGCUUGGGUUCGACAUUCAGAACAUCGGGAAGCAACUUGCCUACAUCGUCCGAGGUGAAACUAAAUUCAAGACACUAAAGAGGAACAAGACAGCUGCAGGGAUGUCAGUUACCUUUUUGGGCGAAAACAUGGUGACUGGAUUCAAGGCGGAGAAUCAGGUUGCUUGGGGAAAGCAGUGGGCUGCGGUUACUAGCGCCGGUACUGUGAGAUGCCAGAGUGAGGCCGCAUAUGGUGCAAACAUUGAAGUGCAACGCAGGGAGAUCGACUAUCCAGUUGGGCAGGUCCAAUCUACUUAUGGUGUUUCUUUGAUUAGGUGGAGGGGAGAUUGGGCUUUGGGUUUCAAUACAAUGGCACAAUUCUCGGCUGGGCGUAAUUCAAAAGUUGCUGUUCGAGCUGGAAUAAACAACAAGAUGUCCGGUCAGGUUACUGUGAGAACGAGCAGUUCGGAGCAACUAGUGUUAGCACUUGCAGGUCUCCUGCCGAUUGUUACCAACAUCUACAAGAAAAUCUGGCCUGCCGUUGGAGGAGAGAAUUAUUCAAUCUAUUAGGUGAUCAAAUUUUUUGCCUUGCUCAGUCCGUUUUCUUUUUUUGUUGCAAACAUCACGACAGUAUUUUGGUAGUUUGAGUCAUUAUUAUUGAUUUUGGAACACUGGGUAGUAAUAAGUUGCAUUUACUUCCGUUUUAUUGAACCUUGUAUUGGUAUUUGAGAUUAUAUGAAGAGCUAAUGUCAUAAUUUUGGUU